GACAUCUAUUUUUAAACAUUACACCUUUGGUAGAUCGUGUUUGGUAUAAAAGGACUUGGCAUACGACAAGGGGUAUACAACGGAGACAUUUUUUUCAGUUUGGACACACUUAGCUGUAGCCGAAUAGUGUCUUGUCAACCCCGACUUAACGAUAGCCCCGCCGAAACCCAUUCGUGACCCCGAGAUAAAAUUCACACAGAUAUUUGUCAACAAUGAGUUUUGUGACUCCGUGAGUGGGAAGGUGUUCCCUACCAUCAACCCAUGUACUGGGGACAAGAUCUGUGAUGUCCAAGAGGCAGAUAAGGCUGAUGUUGAUAAGGCUGUGGAAGCGGCAAGGGCCGCAGUCAAACGUGGCUCCCCCUGGAGGAGGAUGGAUGCAUCAAAGAGGGGAAAACUCCUGUCUAAAUUUGCCGACCUCCUGGACAGAGAUGAGGACUACAUCGCGAGCCUAGAGACUGUUGACAAUGGUAAGCCCUAUGCCGACUCUCUGGAUGACAUCCAUGCCAGCUCAGAUGUAAUGAGAUAUUAUGCUGGCUGGGCAGACAAAAACAGUGGCAAGACCAUCCCCUCAGAUGGAGACUUGUUCACCUUCACGAGACAUGAACCGAUCGGUGUUUGUGGACAGAUUAUACCGUGGAACUAUCCAAUUAUGAUGAUGGCAUGGAAGCUGGGCCCAGCCUUGGCCUGCGGUAACACUGUGGUCCUAAAACCUGCCGAACAGACACCACUCACCGCCCUCUACUGUGCCUCUCUUCUCAAGGAGGCAGGGUUCCCUGCAGGAGUGGUAAACGUUGUCCCUGGUUACGGACCGACAGCAGGGGCUGCCAUAGCGGAACACAUGCAUGUGGACAAGGUCGCGUUCACUGGCUCUACAGAGGUCGGAAAGCUGGUGAUGCAAGCGGCAGGAUGCAGUAAUCUGAAGCGGGUCAGUCUGGAGCUCGGAGGCAAAAGUCCACUCGUCAUCUUCGCAGACUCAGAUAUUGAUGCAGCAGUUUACUGGGCGCACGCUGGUAUCAUGAACAACCAUGGACAGAACUGCUGUGCAGGGUCCCGCACAUUUGUAGAGGAGAGUAUCUAUGACGAGUUCGUGCAGAAAUCUAAACAGAUGGCAGAGUUUAGGAUGGUGGGUGAUCCAUUCGAGGAUGCCACACAACAAGGACCACAGGUAGACGAGGAGCAGUUUAAAAAGAUCUUGUCUUAUGUGGAGGCAGGGAAGGCUGAAGGUGCCAAGCUGGAGUUUGGUGGUGAGCGUCAUGGCGACAAAGGAUAUUUCAUCAAACCAGCUGUCUUCUCCAAUGUAACCAAUGAAAUGAAGAUAGCUAGGGAGGAGAUUUUUGGACCUGUCCAGACCAUCAUAAAGUUUAAGGACCUUGAUGAAGCAAUAGAGAAGGCCAACAGCACAAAGUACGGUCUGGCUGCUGGGGUCAUCACCAAAGACAUUAACAAGGCCAUGAUGUUUGCCCAGAAUGUGGAUGCUGGCAGUGUCUGGAUAAACUGCUAUGACAUGAUCACACCUCAGACUCCAUUUGGUGGCUUCAAGCAGUCAGGGCAGGGGAGAGAACUUGGAGAAUAUGCUCUCAAGGAAUACACAGAAGUCAAAACUGUGACAAUGAUGAUUCCGGAGAAGAAUUCCUAGAUUGUGUGAAUGAAUCGGCAAUCACCCAAAAAACUAUUCAAUUAUGCAAUGAGAUUUUAUCCAAUCAAACAUUUGACCUUAAAAUGUGAUUUACAAGGUUGAUGCAUAUAAAACAACAUAUUUAGAUACUCCAGCUGACGAAAUCUUACAUGAUAUCCAGUUCUUGAAUUAUCUAUUUUAUACAGUUUGUCUGGUACAUGUAAGCAAUAUUGAGUGCCAUACUUUACUUGCCUAUGGAAAGACAAUAUUUUUUUACCUUGCUGUUGUGUACAAUGGAAAGUUUGGUGUUCGUUUAUAGCACUGCACCUGGCCAAAAGGACCAUGUGGGCUUAUUCUGUAGUGCGGUGUCCAUAAUAGGUCGAUCAACUUUUUAUACGCCCGUCACAUUUGACGGGAGUAUUAUGGUAUGGGGUUGUCCGUCCGUCCUGAAACUUGGUAUACA